GGGGGGACAAAGCAGUCUGCGCGGGACCGGCGGGGAGGGAGGGAGUCCCGCAGCACUGCCACCUGGCUGGGGUUUUGUUUUUCUUUUCUUUUUCUCUUUUUUUAAGUCCCUAUUUUUUUUUUUUUGAGGGAGCCUAGUGUGGUGUGCUUUUAUUUUUUUUCUUUUUUUUUUUUUUCUUACCUUUUGUUGUGGCCGGCCCGAGGGACUACAGUACAGCCGAGAUCAAUGAAGGAAAGAAGAGCCAGCCAGAAGUUAUCGAACAAGGCGGCGGUGAUGGAUCCCAACCAGAACGUCAAGUGCAAGAUCGUAGUGGUGGGGGACAGCCAGUGCGGGAAAACCGCGCUGCUCCACGUCUUCGCCAAGGACUGCUUCCCCGAGAGCUACGUCCCCACCGUCUUCGAGAACUACACGGCCAGCUUCGAGAUCGACACGCAGCGCAUCGAGCUCAGCCUCUGGGACACCUCGGGCUCUCCUUAUUAUGACAACGUCCGCCCGCUCUCCUAUCCCGAUUCUGAUGCUGUCCUGAUUUGCUUUGACAUCAGUCGGCCAGAAACUCUUGACAGCGUGCUAAAAAAGUGGAAAGGUGAAAUCCAGGAGUUUUGUCCGAACACCAAGAUGCUUUUGGUUGGCUGCAAGUCGGAUCUACGCACAGACGUGAGCACGCUAGUGGAACUUUCCAACCACCGGCAGACCCCCGUGUCCUACGAUCAGGGUGCAAAUAUGGCCAAACAGAUUGGAGCAGCUACAUAUAUCGAAUGCUCAGCCUUACAGUCAGAAAACAGCGUCAGAGACAUUUUUCACGUCGCCACCUUGGCGUGUGUGAACAAAACAAAUAAAAACGUGAAACGGAACAAAUCGCAGAGGGCGACAAAGCGGAUUUCGCAUAUGCCCGGCAGGCCAGAACUUUCCACAGUGGCGACGGACUUGCGAAAGGACAAAGCAAAGAGUUGCACGGUGAUGUGAGUGAGGGACCCUGAUUUCCUGGAGGAGGAGGAGGAAGAGAAGCGUCCGGGAGGGGUUGAAGGCUCGGUGAAGUUCACAGCCACAUGGUAUUUAACGGGGGCUUUAGCGGAGACUCUUCGCCUGUUGCGUGAGACUGUUACUUAGGAACUGAGCAGCGAGAAGAAAUGGUUCGAAACGAGGUGGCAUCGGGAAAUGAUACGUGGAAGAAAAUGCCAAAAAAAAAAAAGGGAAAAUAUUUGAAUGUGAGUGGGUGAAUGGGAAAAUAACACCGCAAAGGAGAUGUCAUUGACAGUGCUUGUUUCGUUUAUUAACGCUCUACUCCUGGAUGCUCCCACUUUGAUUUCAUUAAAAUAAUACUUAAUUUUUUAUUAUUAUUUUCAAGAAGACGUUAUUAAUAUGCCCUCCUCAUUAAGGAACUACCCCUGUGACCUUAUAGUUGGUUUUCCAAAGGAUAUGAUCUAAUUUUUUAGUAGCUCAUUGUUAAAAUGGAGAGCGUACCGAGGCCUUGGAGGAAAACGCCGUCAGGGAGAAGCCUGGAGUUCUGCCUUCCCGAGACGGCAGCGCAGUCUGCGUUGGGAAUGGAGAGAUUUCCCAGUGUUAUCGGUGCUCUCACGCCGUGGAAGUUAAUGGAGCGGAUCAAAGUGGGGUGUGGGGGCAAAGUACCCGCCCCGUCGCGGGACUCGGACUUUCCGUUCCUCUUGGUGAUUGUGAUUUAGGGGGGAAAUAUCUCCAGUUCUGGUGUGCUGUCCGGGUAUGUCGCUGUAGGUUUGAGUGAAAGGUGCUAAGAGCUGUGGUGACAAAUGAUCCUUCAUUUUCCAACCACCGUAAUUCGUUAAGCCUUACUGCCCAUCUGGGGAAGCCCUGAGACUCCGGGUGGAUCCCACAGAUGCUCCGGAGCAGUGCUGUUCUGUCAUGUGGUUCUCUGCAAUUAUCUUUGAAAAAAAAAACACAAAAACACAACCAAAUAAUCUGCAAAUGAGCCAGCAGAGCCCGAUUACCUUUUGGGAUGCUCUUAUUUUCGGGGCAGCCAUCUCUGGCUGCAGACUUACUUUGCUCGUGGGGUCUAAAGAACUGUGACGCCUUAAGGGGUCCCCAGUGGAAACUGGAUCCUGCCCUUAGUCUUUUAAGACUAAUAUAUACGUAUCCAGACAACAAUCAUAAACCAUCGGUGAACCAGCUAAGUCAAAUUCCUUUUUGCUUACUGAAUACUAUCGUUACGUUAAAUAAAUCUGCCUUUAAAACGGGGUUUAACUGCUUACUGGCCGACUUUAAGUCCAUGUCUUCUCUCCAAAGAAGGAUCCUGGAGGCUCUAAGCAGCGUGGCUGUCGCUUGUCGAGGGCAAGCGUGUUGUUCCCAAGGGUAACGCUUCAUUUUGGAAGUGUUAAAGCUGUUGACUUGUGCAGAGGUAAAGGGGUCACCGUAAUUAAAACUCAAGUUCUGUAUGUGUUCCCGGCACUUUGUUUCGUCUGGUAAAAGAAGGAAAACAAAGCUAUUCCAAUGAUUUCCCACCAAAAAAAGACAUUUUUACCACCAUAAUAAGCUUUUGACUGAUGCAACAGUGCGCUUAGGGCAGUAUUACAAAAUAGCUGGUAAGUGCUUUCUGUAUUUAAAUAUUGUGGAAAAAAUAAGUUAUAACUGUUAUAAAACAGAACAUUCAUUACUUUUUUUUAAUUGUUGAAGUCACUUUGUAUGUUUGGUUAAUGUUUCUGCAGUAUUUAUUAAAAUACCAUUUUUUUCUUUGAAUUAAAAAAAAAUAAUGAACUUGUAGUGGAAA